AGAGUGUAUUAGAGACAAUUGGAAAACAACAGCAAGUCAUGAGUUAACUGGACAAAGACUGACCAGAUGAUCCAGUAAAAGACUGAUGUACUGUAACGUACAAGCAGAACUUUUUCCAGAGCCAGGCACUGUGGUACUAAAAACAUGUUCUGGCAAGGAAAUAAAACCAGAGAAUGUUUUAAAGGUCCAGUAUUUGAAAUUUAGUGGCAUCUAGCGGUGAGGUUGUGAAUUGCAACCAACGGCUCUCUCCACCCCUCCCUUUCAAAGCACUACAGUGGCUGACACAGGACUAAGAUGUUGUCAUGUUUUCUUAUAUAAUAUGUACGAUUUUUUUAUAAGCGUUACAGUACCUAAAAAAAACCCACAGUAUUUAUGGCUGUACCUGGACAUACCACAAAAAUGUAUGCACUUAAGUACCAUGGUUUUAUCAUCUGAUACCAUCACCGUACCACAGUAACUGUACUUUUUAUAGGUAUUACCAUCUAAUGACAUCACCGUACCAUGUUACUGCCAAAGUUCUUGUCAUUUGUAAGACAAUUUAUGAGACAUGGUCAAUACUUCAUUAUUCUAAGCGAGCUAUAACAACAUAGAAUUUGCGUUAAUACAUUAAAAGGCAAAAACAUGAAAAACAACAUAUCUGCCUUGUAAAAGAAGGCCAUACUUUCAGACGACAGGGAUUAAGAUCAGCCAAUUAAGGAGCCACGGUGGAUCUUUCAUAUCUGCUGUAGUCUGUUUGAUUUCCAUGGCACACGUAUCAUGUUCCUGGACUUUCAACAGCGGCCUGACGCCGUUCUCGAAGCAAACCGGUCCCAAAUCCCCAGAAGAUUGGGGAAUGAAAAGAGAUGUAAAGUUUAGAUGUGUGGCAACAGCUAAACGCAGGGUCAGGUUUCUCAGAGCCCUGGCUAUAUUUAACCUACUGAUCUAACACCAGGCAGAGAGUUUAAAUGCCACCAGUGCAGUUGGUGUGGAGCAGUUGUCGUCCACAGAUCUUCUUCGGCACGAGCUCAGCUCAGGGGAAGGGAUUCGCACACAUACACCCACGCGAGGAGGACUGGAAAGGACCUACAGUGCAACGCAUACCGAAAGCAGAGCCGGCAGGCACUAAUUUCCAGCGUUGAACGAAAGACAUGGAGCUUUUUGAGACCAACCCUUACUUUUUCACAGACCAGCGUUUUUAUGAAAGCGGUGAUAACUUUUUCCCCUCCAGGCUGACCGGAGGUUUCGACCAAGCUGGAUAUCAGGACAGAAGCUCCAUGAUGGGGCUGUGUGGCGACGGAAGGUUGCUGUCAACCGGGGUGGGGAUGGAGGACAAACCAUCUCCAACUUCCAGCAUGGGUCUGUCCAUGUCACCGCAGGAGCAGCAGCACUGCCCCGGCCAGUGCCUGCCAUGGGCCUGCAAGGUGUGCAAGCGCAAAUCGGUGACGAUGGAUCGUCGGAAAGCAGCCACUAUGAGGGAGAAGAGGAGGUUGAAGAAGGUGAACGAGGCAUUUGAGGCUCUCAAGAGAAGCACGUUAAUGAAUCCCAACCAGAGGCUGCCUAAGGUGGAAAUCCUGCGCAGUGCCAUCCAGUAUAUUGAGAGACUGCAGGCUCUGGUCAGCUCUCUCAACCAGCAGGAACACGAGCAGAACAGUCUGCACUACAGAGCCGCAGCUCCACAGAGGGUGUCCGCCACCAAUGAGCAGGGCUCUGGCAGCACCUGCUGUAGCAGUCCAGAGUGGAGCAGUACAUCCGAGCAAUGCGCCCCAUCCUACAGCUCUACCCACGAGGAUCUCUUGAACGACGAUGCAGAACAGACCAACCUGAGGUCUCUGACAUCUAUUGUGGACAGCAUCACAGGAAUAGAGACCACCGCUGUCCCCUUUUCAGUGGACAUAAGCAAAUAAAUGAGUGACCGCAUUAUAUUCAGACCAGGUAUCCAUCGCACUAUUAUGCCCAAGGUGAAUGAAGAACCAUAAAACCUUUGUGGGUAUUAUUUCCAGAUAAAUCAUGAGGUCCAUAUGAUUAUAUUUCCAAAUGUUUCCUAUUUCUGAGGGAGCGAGAAUUUCAGAAAAGCCCAAUAUAUGAAUCUUAAGACAAAUAGGCGGAUUCAUAUUUUCAUACUCUGACCUUCUUUCUUGAUUCCUUUUCCAUUUUAUUUGUGUGUGCUUUAUGCUUACCAACAAACAUUCAUUUGUGGGUCCAAUGUUUAACUCCAUGGUUUUGACCAAUUUAUGCUUAAUUUAAACUAGUUGUGAAUGCCAGUCAUGUAAAUAUGUUCCUUUUUUUCUACAGAGUGGUUUUGUCGUUUUAUUUUCUAUUUUGUUGUGUGUUUGAACUAAUUUAUUUGAACUUUUAUAAUAAAGAUUGUUGUGUAUU